AUGGGCAAGUUACUGAUCUGUGUUGGAAUCGCUCUCCUGCUGCAUGUGCAGUUAGGAUCCUCCUACAUCCUGUCUUGUUACUUCACCAACUGGGGGCAGUACAGACCAGGAGCUGGGAAAUACUUCCCCACUAAUGUGGACCCAUGCCUUUGUGACCACCUGAUCUAUGCCUUUGCCGGCAUGAACAACAAUGAGAUCCAGACCUACGAGUGGGAUGAUGUGAAGCUCUAUGGCGAGUUCCAGGCUCUGAAGAACCAGAACAGCAACCUGAAGACCCUCCUGGCCAUUGGUGGCUGGAACUUUGGAACAGCAAAGUUCAGUGCCAUGGUCUCCAGCUCUGCCACCCGUCAGACCUUCAUCACCUCCGUCAUCAAGUUCCUGAGGCAGUACCAGUUCGAUGGUCUGGACAUUGACUGGGAAUACCCUGGCUCCAGGGGCAGCCCUCCUCAGGACAAGCAGCUCUUCACCACCUUGGUGCAGGAAUUGCUGGCCGCAUUCGAGGCUGAGGGCAAGCAGACCAACCGCCCUCGUCUCAUGCUGACAGCUGCUGUGUCUGCUGGCAAAGGCACUAUUGACUCUGGCUACCAGAUUGCUCAGAUUGGACAGGUCCUGGACUACUUCCAUGUCAUGACCUAUGACUUCCAUGGCUCCUGGGAGCACAACACUGGUGAGAACAGCCCCCUGUACAGAGGACCUGCUGACCAGGGUGAUCUCAUCUACUUCAAUGUCGACUAUGCCAUGAAGUACUGGAAGAGCAAUGGUGCCCCUGCUGAGAAACUGCUGGUUGGAUUCCCCACCUACGGACAUACCUUCAUGCUCGCCAGCUCCUCCAACACUGGGGUGGGAGCCCCAACUGCUGGCCCUGGACCUGCUGGACCCUACACUAGACAGUCUGGCUUCUGGGCUUACUAUGAGAUCUGCACCUUCCUGAAGCAGGGUGCCACUCAGGCCUGGGACUCUGCCCAGGAUGUCCCCUAUGCCUACAACAGCCAGAACGUCUGGGUCGGCUACGACAAUGUGAAGAGCUUCCAGAUCAAGGCAAGUUGGCUGAAGCAGAACCAGUUUGGAGGUGCCAUGGUGUGGAGUCUGGACCUGGAUGAUUUCAGCGGGACCUUCUGCGGCCAGGGCAGAUACCCUCUGAUCAAUACCCUGAAGAGUGGCCUGGGAACCGGCCAGAGCUGCAGUGCUCGCACCGACCCCCUGCCUCCCGUCACCCAGGCCCCUCCUGCGCCUCCCCAGCCCCAGCCUGGUGGUGGUGGCAGCAGCAGUGGAGGAAGCAGCAGCGGAGGAAGUGGUUUCUGCGCUGGAAAGGCCAACGGACUCUACCCUGACCCCACCAACAAGAACCACUUCUACGAGUGCAACCAGGGCCAGACCUACGUUCAGCAUUGUGCCGCUGGCCUGGUCUUCGACCCCAGCUGCUCCUGCUGCAACUGGGCCUAA